AUGCGCAAGCGCGGGCUCACGCCAUCUUGCACAGUUGACAAAUUGCGGUUUCGUCGGGAGUAUGGCUCUCUCUCGACCUCUGAGCGUCUCGCCUACGUCAACGCUGUCAAGUGUCUCCAGACCCUUCCCCCUCUCACACCUGCCAGUGUCGCGCCGGGAGCAAGGUCUCGGUUCGAUGACUUUAUCGUGACCCAUAUCCAGCAAACCCUCAACAUCCACUUCAGCGGCAACUUCCAGCCAUGGCAUCGGUGGUACGUCUACCAGUACGAGAAGGCCCUCCGUGAGGAGUGCGGCUACAACGGGUCUCAGCCCUACUGGGACUGGCCCAAGUACUCGUCGGCCCCUCAAGACUCCCCCCUCUUCAACGGCGACCCUUACAGUCUCGGCGGCAACGGGGAGUACAUCCCUCAUGAGGGCCCCGUCAUCGUGCCUCCUCCCGGCGUCGGCGGCGGCAACAUCCAGCUUCCCGCCGGCCUCGGAGGCGGCUAUGUCACGACUGGCCCCUUCGCCAACAUGACCAUCAACUUGGGACCCGUCGGUGGUCUGGAGGGAGUGCCUGCUGGUCCUCUCGGUGGUCUUGGUUACAACCCGCGCGGUCUCAAGAGAGACAUUGGCCCGGCUAUGAACCAGCGCUACGCCAAUUGGACCACCGUCCUCACCCUCCUCUCUCAGCCCAACAUUGAUGCCUUCCGCCACGUCUCCGAAGGUGUCCCCUACACCCCCGAGAUCGGCCCCCACGGAGGCAUGCACUAUAACAUCGGUGGUGAUCCUGGCGGUGAUCUCUUCACCUCCCCUGGCGACCCCGCCUUCUGGGUGCAUCACGGACAGAUGGAUCGCAUGUGGGCCGUGUGGCAGGCCCUGGGCUCUCCCUUCAGCACCACCCGCUACACCGACCUGGGUUCUGGUCCUUAUGCCCACCAGAGCUGGGCCAACGAGCCUCCUUCCCCCUUGACUCCCCUGACCGAGGUCCUUGACAUGGGCUAUGCUGCCCCGUCGACCACCAUUGCCAACGUCAUGUCCACCACUGGCGGGGAGUUCUGCUACUUUUACCUCUAG